AUGGUUAUUCUUGUGGCUAAGGUUAAUUUGUUGUUAGUCCAGGCACAUUCAGUCAGUCUACCAAAUGUUGUCGCAGCCUUCCCUAUACAGUACGUGUAUUCAGUUCUUCAUCAAGAGAAAGAUUACCUGACCAUCAAGGAGAAUUUUCAACAUGCAUUUUUGAAGCAAGUGAUCAGUUGUUGCAGUCCACUAUUGGAGUGUGAGAUAAGUCCUGCAUCGUCAGCAAACAACAGUUCUCUAACAAGGACUGUAGAAAUUUUGGUUUUAAACUUCAGUCUUGAAAGGUUGAAGAGUUUUCCUGUUGAACGUGUGUGCAGUUGUCUCAAAGAAAAUAUCAUGUCAUUAGUGGAUCUUUUCGCACGAAAACCGCACUGGGAUUCUGGGUAUAUGCACUCAGCAACAUGUUGUAAUCGUUGUGCUAUGACCUUUGCGAUUGCUUUUCCAGUUAUAUUCAAGAAAACUUGCGAUGUUGACUGCUUGAACGGCGGAGUCUGUGUCUCGGAUUACGGAAACGAGAACUGUCAGUGUGUGUCUGGUUUUUUUGGACCAACUUGCAAUAUAUCAAAAAACCAAUGUGAUUUUGAAGAUCCACACAUCUGUUACUUUGAACAAGAUAAAUAUGAUGAUUUUGAUUGGAUAAGAACAUCUGGAUCAACACGCACAUCUGCUACUGGCCCUGCUUAUGACCACACCUACGGAACAUUACAAGGUUCUUACAUGUACAUCGAAACUUCAUAUGGGCGAUACAACCAAACCGCUCGUCUUUGGACAUUGUCAUAUCCUGCAACAAAUGGCACAUGCGUCAUGUGGUUUUACCACAUGUACGGGGCUACAGCGAACACAAUGAAUGUGUAUCUAGUCAAUAAGGAAGGUACCGUUGGUGCACCUGCGUGGACAAAUAGGAACAAUCAAGGAAACAUUUGGCGACUUGGAAAAUUGUCAGUUGAAACAAAGAGUGCCUUCCAGAUAGUGUUUGAAGGAAUUGUAGGAAGUGGUAAUACAGGAGAUAUUGCUUUAGACGACGUCAGGAUCAUCGAUGGGGCAUGUUUGAGAAACGAAACUUGCGAUAUUGACUGCUUGAACGGCGGAGUCUGUGUCUCGGAUUACGGAAUAGAGAACUGUCAGUGUAUGCCUGGUUUUUUUGGACCAACUUGCAAUAUAUCACAAAACCAAUGUGAUUUUGAGGAUCCACACAUCUGUUACUUUGUACAAGAUGAAGAUGAUGAUUUGGAUUGGAUAAGAGCAUCUGGAUCAACAUACAUAUAUGAUGCUGGUCCUGCGUAUGACCACACCUACGGAACAUUACAAGGUUCCUACAUGUACGUCAAAGAUUCAUAUGGGCGAUACAACAAAACAGCUCGUCUUUGGACAACAUCGUAUCCUGCAACAAAUGGCACAUGCAUCAAGUGGUUUUACCACAUGUACGGGGAAAGGGUGAACACAUUGAACACAUUGAAUGUGUACAUAGUCAAUACAGAAAGUACUGUUGGUGCACCUGCGUGGGUAAAUAGCAACAAUCAAGGAAACUUCUGGCGACUUGGAAAGCUGUCAGUUGAAACAAAGACUUCCUUCCAGAUAGUGUUUGAAGGAAUUGCAGGAAGUGGUAAUACAGGAGAUAUUGCUUUAGAUGACGUCAGGAUCAUCGAUGGGGCAUGUUUGAGAAACGGUAAAAUACACUUUAAUAAAUAUUAUUUUCGCCACUAG